GAAAAAAUAAAAAUCUUUUCUUAUUACAUAUUACAUACACACUUCCAAGAGACGCAGAGAGAGAGAGAACAGAAGAUCCAAGAAUGGCUGUUUCAGCCGCAGAUAACGUCCCUCCCUUCAUCGCCGCCCAGCUCACUCACCUCCUCUCUCACUUUCGUUUCACUCUCAAGGUUGAACAAAUGUGGUCAGGUGAUAAGUACAAUUCCGGCCCCUUCGAUAGAUUCACACUCCUCAUUCCCUUCUGCUUGGACUUCAUCAAGUGGGAUGUUAUAUACAAUGCCGAGUGUCCUACCGUUGCGCCUGAUGUUAUAUUUGGACCCGAAGAUGAAGACUUUCACCCAUUUCCCAUGUCUUCUGAUGAUGGAACACAAGCUAGUAACUGUUUGAGUGAUUGGAACUACAGAGACCCUGCCCGCCUCCUUUCACUUGUUCAAUUCUUGAGGGAUCAAUACGUGUUGUAUCAGAGGAAGCGUGUAGGAGAAGUCGAUGAUGAUCGGUUGAAGUUCGAAAUCAGCACCAUUUUAUCCAGGGAGGGAAUAGAAAUGCACAUGAGUUCUGUUGCUGAGAAGCCAGAGGAGGUUAAAUUUGCUGUGCCCUUACUGGACAUGAACAUAAACAAGAUGGUGCCUAGUUGCCCAUGGAGGUAUCCUCAGAAGAUACACUUGCAGGUUGUAUAUCCUGUUGGGAGGAAAUAUACCUCUGCUCCUUCAGCUCCUCGGCUCAAAUUGGUAUCUUCUUCUGAGUUGAAAGCUCUAUUUUCCAUUGAUGAUGUCAAGCUGCCUCCUUGGUUGGAUGGGAUGUGUUUGGCAGAAUAUCUUCCAAACUUGGAAGAAUAUCUUGAGAAACAGGUCUCGGAGGCUGUCUCGUUAAUUGAUCUAAGAAGGCAAUUCAUUGAAGCAUUGGCCAUUCAGCUAGGAAGGCCAGUUGAAGCUGAUCCUGUCUUCUGCAGAAAAGCAACUUUUCUUUCUGCAACUGGAGUUUUCACAUUCCUGGUACACUUUCUAAUUCCAACUCAGUUUCCAAAGCAACAGCCAGCUAUUAUGCUUCAAAGUUCACAGCAUUUUAAUUCCCAAAUGGCGCCACUUAAGUCGCGUUCUAUAGCUGAUUAUCCAUGGAGUCCAAGAUGGGAACCGUUGCUGAUGGCUGAGCGAAUCUAUGAGUUUCUGGCAGAUGAAGCUUUGAACUUCAAGCGACAAUGCAGCGAGGGUCAGCUUCAAUAAUAACUUUGUUGGGCGGAAUCUUUAAAGUGGUUCAUUAUAAACAUGUAAUUUUGGUCUGCUGGAUCAAUGUAUCUUUUUUGUUUGAAUUUAAAUGAAUUUGCUAUCGAACUUCAUCUUGUUACUCAAUGUAUUUGAAGCAGAUGGAUAUUGCUAUGCUAGUGUAUAAUUCAUUAA